UAAUUUGAUUCAGAAAGCAUACAGCAAGCCUUCUAGGUGUCAAAAUUUAAUAUGCCACAUAGCACGCUGCAGCAACCGACACUCAGGCAUGUGAAACCCUCUAUCAAAUCUGUGUCUUUAAGGAACAUACUUCUAUGCUUUUGUCUCCACCUCCCUGGUUAUCACAACAAUCACUUGAGUAGGCAAUAAGACCAGGUCUUGUCUCAAGUGAUUUGGUAAGUAGUUGACAACCAAUGCUUCAUUAAGCUCUUGGGGUAUAUAAGCCCCAAGGGUUUUGACAACUCCUAUCCAGCAGCCCAGGAGUCACUGGAAGAUGUUCUGGACAGCAAAGAUACUUGCUUUUGCUCUGAGCACUUUCCUAAGAAUGGCAACAGGCUUUGACAUUGGAUUAUCCACCAAAUGUGUAGCGAUACCUAAGGAGAUGGAUAUGUGCCACAAGAUUGGCUACUCUGAAAUGAGGCUUCCCAACCUGAUGGGGCACACGAGCAUGGCAGAGGUUAUUCUGAAGUCCACCACCUGGCAGUACCUGGUGCACACUGACUGUCACCCUCACGUGAGGACGUUCCUGUGCUCUCUGUUUGCACCCAUCUGUUUAGAUACGUUUAUCCAUCCUUGCAGGAGUAUGUGCAUUGCUGUUCGUGACAGCUGUGCACCCGUGCUGGCCUGCCACGGGCACUCUUGGCCUGACAGUCUGGACUGUGAUCGAUUCCCUGCAGACGAGGACAUGUGUCUGGCAUCUCUUGCAAAGGAAUAUAACUACCUGCACAAAGUGCUGCCAAAGCCUGUGUGCCAGACCUGCCCAGCAGUGGAAGAAUUCUUUACACACAAAAGAAUACUUGAAGUUUUCUGUGACAAUAACUUUGCAGUGAAAGUAAAGCUGUCCAAAAAGAGAACAGUACUUGGUGAUCAAGAGUAUAACACUGAAUGUCAAGUGGAAUUCAUUAUCCAGGGCUCAAUUCUGCCUUAUGAAACACAGAAUAUGAUACAACAGUGGCUGCUUAUCAAUGAAAACUGCACAGAAAGGAUGACUCAGACCCAUCGUCCUAUGGUGUAUCUUCUUGUGGGGAAUAUUGAAGCGGGUGUCGUUUUAGUAAAUCAGGUUUAUCAUUGGCAGAGGAGGGACUCCCAGCUGACUUUGGCCACUCAGAAGUGGAGAUACCAUAAAUGCUUAUAAAUAUUUAUCUUAUUAUCUGUAAAAAAGAUAAUUACACUUCUCAUGCCAAACCUAUCUUGUAAAUAGAAAUGUACUAUAAGUGGAAUGUAAAGUCUUCUUUUCCUUUUAAAAUGUAUUAUAAGUUGAACUCAGACUCCAUGUAAGCAGGCCUAUUUUCUCUGGUGUUCCAGCUGUUCGCAUCAAGUUUGAAAUUGGUCAACCACAUAAAAAUGUUUCUUUGAUAUAUUUCAAAAAUGUUUUCAAAUAUGUAUGAAACCUGACAUAAAACAGUUUUAAUUCAGAUCAUAGCCAAGUACAUUUAAUGUAGUUUCCCGUACUGUCCAUCCUGCCAUUUUCUCGGAGUUACCUACAUUUUUCCUUAAUGUUUACUUAAUCCACUUGAUUUUCUCCCAUUAGAGUAUCGUAAAAGAAGGUGGCCCUCUGCUGGUCACUUUUGCAGGAAUCGAAAUAAAGAGGAAUAAAUAACUGUGUAAAGACUCAGUGGUUAGCCCUUAACCAUAGGAAGAUUUGGUUAUUUCUUGUCAUUUUACAAUGACAGUGUUGACAUUGUCUUGGUAACAUGAGAGCAUAGGCUAAAUGUGUUUUUGAAUCUUCUUCUUCUUGAGUGACCAUCCUGAACUUACAUGGUUCAACUGGAAUCUCAUCAGCCUCCUCUAAUGAAUUGUCCAUUUUCAUUUUCUUAGUUGAA